AUGGUUGGUAUAAAUGAGGAAAGUGAAGAAUCAGGAAUAGAUGAUGAAAUUACAAGUAUGUUGAAGACUCCAAUUACACCAAUAGUAACCCCAGAAAGGAAAGUAGUAAGCAAAAGUUUUCAAAUGGAAUUAGAAGAUGUAAGCGAGGAGGAGCUUGAUUUCUCCGAAGGGACUCCAUGUCAAGAUGAGAUAGAUCCAAGGUUAAAUAGAAGUAAGACUGAUAAGAAGAAAGAAACUGGAAGUGAAACAUUCUCGAGUGAUUCAGAGUCUACAUGUAGUACAUCAAGUGAAAGUAGCAGUGACGAUACGUCAGAAACGUCAGAAAGUUCAAAGUCGAGAGAAAAGGAAGAUAGAGAUAACAAAAUCGAACAUAUAAAAAGCAAUGGAAGUUCAAAAUCAUCAAAGCUGACAUCAGAAAAGAACACUGGGAAUCAUCCGGAAAGUAGUAAGUCCGAUAAAGCACAGACAAAAGGUUGUAAGAAUGGAAGUACAGAGAAUAGUAAGGAGAAUGAUGAUAAGAAUACUGAAAAAAAAAAAACUACACUAAUGAGAAUAAGAAAAGGCAGGAGGAUCAAGAGAAUAGGGAAGGAGAAAAUUCACAGAGGAAAGAUAAAGUUUAAGUGUAAUGGGACAAACAGUGAAAGAAAAAUUACGAAAGUGCUGCCAGACAAACAAAGGAAAGAAAUAACGAGAUAA